AUGUCCGAUAUUUACACCGUUUCACAACUACUUUUCUUGGAUUCAUUCACUUGUAGUAAAAUAUUUUCCGGGAAAAAACUUAUUGGAACCUUCGAAAUAAUCAAAUCUGACGAUAUAUUUCCAAUUGGUACAAUUAUUUUUAAUGACACCACAGGAAGACUAGCUUGUCAUUUCCUCGAAUUUCAACCACGGUGGAUAUCUGGUACUGUCCUUCUAACAAAAUGGAAUUACUUGUUGAACAAAACAACAGGUAAUCGAAUUUCUUCAAAUUAUCUUGAAGUUCAAGAAGUUCAAGAAGUUCAAGAAUUGAGAACAAACUCUUCAUUGGAAUAUUUUCCACCCCAAACUUCAAAUAAAUAUUUAAUCGGGAAAGUUCUUAUUAAAAGUGUACUUCAAUAUUCAAAUGAUAAGCCAGUUGGUUGUUUAUUAAUGCUCAUAGAUGAUCAGACUCACGUUCACAUUUUGUUCUCAGGGAAAGAAAUGAUUGAGCGGUAUGUUAUGAUUAUAGUUGGAAAAACCUACCUUCUAACCGAUUUAAACAUGACCAAUCAAAUCUCAUCUAUAUUUCCUGUUUUUGAAUUCAAUCCAACCUUUUCCAAUUCUUUUCCUAUUAACGAUAAACAUUCAUUUGAUUAUUUAAACCCAUCUAAUUUAUUUAAUAAUAUCUCAAUUCAAUCACAUUCAACAAAUAUCAUAGAAUGUUCUCCUAUUCCAUUUUUCACUUACAAGGGCACAAUAACUUGUAUUAUAGAUAAUGUUUUAGGUGUAUUCAUUUUAGACUCUCAAUAUAUAUUACAUUUGGGUCGAUAUCCUUAUUAUAAUUAUUUAAUAUUACCGUAUCGAGUGGGAAUGACACUAUUGUUACAUAACGUACACGCGGUUUCAAUGAAAAUGGAUCAUGAUAUAUGGAAAUUAUCAGCUCGUAAACAUUGUCCAAGAUUAGAAGAUAUUAAAAUUAUUUUUGUGGCAUGUUUCUGUAGUACUAUACAAAUCUGUGAAUUUCCUAGCAAUAAAUUCUGUCAUUAUUCAAUUACUCCACGGGUGAUUAGUAAAUUUUCGUUAUUUCAUGUUGAUGAUUCAUUAACAUUAUUAGAUUUGAUUUGGAUUCAAAAAGUUUAUUAUGAAAUAUUAGAAAAAUUUCCUGGUGAAUUUGAUGAUUCAACUCUCUUGGGUAAUCCUCUAGGAGAUUAUUCCUCUGGACGAUCUUCUUUAUUAUCACAAUUAUUUCAAAGAUAUCGUAUAUCUGAUCAAUAUGAUCAAUGGCAAGAAUGGCCAUUAGAAUUUUUCAAUCAUCGUUUUGGUUGCAGAACGUGCCAAUCGAGUGACAUUAACAAAAUUAAGUUUAUAACAUUUUCGAACUUUUCAAAAAUUAUUGAAAAAAUCGAAAAUCAAUCUACAACGAAGGUCAUAACACAAUCUGAAGCUGAGAUGAAAUUCAUUCAAUUAAUAGGAAUAUUAGAGGGAAAUUCGAAUGGAAUGCUUCAACUUAGAGAUCACACAGGACAAAUUCAAGCAAUUAAUAUCUCAUCAGUCCAAAAGAUACAGACUUAUCAUUUAAAUAAUAUUUGGUUAGUUCCUGAAUAUGAAAUAGUUUUAGAAAAUCAUCAAAAACCUUAUAUUCGAUUUGAAAUUGAUAAAUGUUUUUGUUUUUAUGUAAAGCCUUACCCUUUUCUUAGUGAAUUAAAAAGUUUCAUUUUUCGCGUUUCACAUAUUUACCCAACAAAAGUGGAUUGUCCUCCUGAACUUGAAUUUCCAAAUUUAAGCUUUAAGAUGCGUAUUAAUAUUUUUCCCGUAUUGGAGAUUGAUAAUGGAACGCAUAAUGAAUUACCAGAAAAAAAUACUUAUGUUCAUCUUUCAGGUGAUUUUAUAAGAUUUUUACCAGCAAUUCACGUUGGAUCAACUUAUGAGAUGACUUAUAAUAGGAAUCCGGAAUUUUGGUUGAAAAAUUUUGAUAACGCUAGAAUUAAAAGUUUGCAAAUAGAAGUCAAUAAAAAUUUUGAAUAUUCAACUUAUAAAGAUUUAAUUGGUCAUAAAUUUGGGCCAACAAUUCUUCAAUUAAAUGAAGAAAACAAACAAACGUACAUAGCUCGUGAAAUGAAAUUUUUGGAAUCGAAUAAAAUUCUAAAUAUCAGUGAUCUGUUGUAUGGCGAUAUGAAAGUUGGAUCGAUUAUUUCAAUACAAGGAGUUUUGGUCUCUAAAGAAUUUCGACCUACCGUACAUUUACCGAAAUUCACAAGAUCACCAUCCUUUAGUAACCAUCUCAAGGGAGAUGCUGGUCACCGUGAUACAAGUUUGCUAUUAAGAAUUCGCGACACAAAAACGAAGGAUGUUAUUGAUACAUAUAUUGUUUCUACGGCGAGAUAUAUCAUUCCAUUGGGAUUGAUCCCUGGACAACCUCUUAUAUUAAGGAAAGUCAUAGCAAAAGUUUCUAAGAUAGGGAUCGUAUAUUGUUGUUCAUUACCAACUACGAAUAUCACUUUGGCGGGGAUUCCAAAUGAUGAUCGUAAAAUGCAUCACGAGCUAGACAAUAUAAAAUUAAUUGAUUUAUUUAAUAGAUCAGCACAGAAACUUUGUCGGAUUCAUUGCACGAUAACCCAAAUUUUCAAUUUAUCAGUAGAAAUGAUUUGUGAAACGUGCGAACAAACUUUUUAUGAUAAUUCUUGCCCAAAUGGAUGUACACUAUUCCCACCAAAAUUUCAUGUGGAAGGGAAAUUCGAAGUUAGAGAUGGUACAUCCAAAGCAAUAGUACUUAUUAAAGAUGAAGCUGGAUUACAAGAAUUAUUACAAUUAAAAGAUGAUCGCAUCCAAUUGAUUCGUAAAGCUGCAGCUCAGAAGAAAAUUGUUUAUCAUUUCAAUUUCAAUAAAAAUUUUGAUAAAUUAUUUAAUCAAGUUCGUGCUAAGAUUCCUAUUUGCAGAGAAAUUAUUCUUUAUUGUUGGCCAAUAAAACGGCAAUCUUUAAAAAAUAAUAAUUUUUCCAUUCAAACUUUUCAUGGAAUAGAAUUGAAGGCGGCUGGCAUAGAAGAAAUUAUACCCGAAUCAGAAGCCUUCAAUUAUUUACAAAAUUUUAAAAAGAAGUUGAACGUGUGA